AUGUGCGUGUGGGUGCAGGCGGGCGAGCGAGCGGCUUCUACAGUUAGACCGAAGCAGGAGCUCAGCCUUCGCCUGCGACCUGCAAUCCCCAGAUUCCCUGGGGACCUCGAAACUCCCAAUCGGAGGGAGCCGAACGCGCAUUUAAAGCGACAGCCGUCCUCGCUCUCUCCCCAGUGCUGGGCUGUUGGAGAGCUCGAGCUGCAAGCCACCGAGCGCGAGCUCGAGCGCGGCGCGCUGGCCGGGGAACCCAAGAGCGCACGGCGCCCCAAGCUGGCAGGCGCCGCGGGACCCCCCCACCCUCGCCGGCUGCCCUUCCCCGGGCGCCCCUACCCUCCUCGCCCGCAGGAGACCCUGGGCUUCAUCGGAGGAGCUCACCCCAAGGGGCCAGGACUCCGGCGGGCCCGCCACCGUCCCCUCCAGUGCCGCCGCCACCGCCGCAGCCGCGGGAGCAGCAUGGUCCAGCUGGGGAAGCUGCUCCGCGGCCUGACUUUGAUGAAGUUUCCCUGCUGCGUGCUGGAGGUGCUUCUGUGCGCGCUGGCGGCGGCGGCGCGCGGCCAGGAGAUGUACGCCCCGCACUCCAUUCGGAUCGAGGGGGACGUCACCCUCGGGGGGCUGUUCCCGGUGCACGCGAAGGGUCCCAGCGGAGUGCCCUGCGGCGACAUCAAGAGGGAGAACGGGAUCCACAGGCUGGAAGCGAUGCUCUACGCCCUGGACCAGAUCAACAGCGAUCCCAACCUGCUGCCCAACGUGACGCUGGGAGCGCGGAUCCUGGACACUUGUUCCAGGGACACUUAUGCGCUCGAACAGUCGCUCACUUUCGUCCAGGUGCUCAUCCAGAAGGACACCUCCGAAGUGCGCUGCACCAACGGCGAGCCUCCGGUUUUCGUCAAGCCCGAGAAAGUAGUUGGAGUGAUUGGGGCUUCGGGGAGUUCGGUCUCCAUCAUGGUAGCCAACAUCCUGAGGCUUUUCCAGGUGGGGAAAAUGUACCAGCGUGUAUGCCUACUGGGACCAUGUUUUCCAGAACAGUUAAGCCCAGUGUCAACUAUGCUGUCCCACCUUCCUCGGGUGUCCAGAGAAGGUAACUACUUUGCCCACGUCCUAAACUGCAGUUGCGGGGGAGUUUCCUGCCGGCGCGGCUGGAGUCUCUUGUUUCUCAGGGUUCGGUGGCUGGAAGAUGCUCCAGAGUGACGAGGCUGCGGCGGAGGAGGUGGCGGCGGCCGAAUCGGCAACGGCGCUAGGGUGGAGAGAAGGCGGCAGCGGCGGCGGCGUGCGGGGCCCAACGGUGUAAACAGCCCCGGAGGCGGCGGAGGCGGUGGCCAAGACCCCGAGGGGAAAGCGGCGGCUGAGCCAGGGUCGCGCCUCCUUUGGAAGCCUGGGCUGAGUGCAGCAGAGGGGUUCUGCGGCGGGCGCGAGCGGACGCCCUAGACCUCGCCUCCCUCCCUCGCCCCAGGUAA